GCCCCAUCAUGGAUGAAAACCUUGGAAACUGGAGAUGCAGUGGAUGUAAAUCUUCAAAGACCUUUCCCUGCUUACUUGUUAAACACUGCAAGCAGCUGGCCCUGCACCAACAAAAUUCAGCACAUGGUGCCAGUGGAAAAGUCAUCUUCCCAAGCCAAUUCCCUGGCUGCCAACAGUGUGGGCACAGGAACCAGAAAACAGAUCAUAAAGGUUCAGCAGCAUGACUCAGAUGUGAUCUACAUUUGAAGCCCCUCAUUUCCUUGCCAGCCUGGUGGGACUGGUGGCCUUUUUGCCUCUGUGGGGACACUUGGGCAGCUCUGGCUGCUGCCAGCUGUGAGGGGCAAGGCACUGUGGAUACAGAGCUGCCAUCCAGCUCCCAGGCUGGUGCCAUCAGCUGGGAAUGCCAGAGGUGCCCCCAGUGUGGCUGGGAGCAGUGCAAAGCCAGAGGAAAUGUUGUUUAUUGCCUGUGCACUUUGGAAAGGACUCUUCACACUUUGCUAAAACCCUUCCUCCCCCAGGUGCUUCAGCUUUGCUGCUGGAGGAAGGAUGUGAGGCAGCGAGUGCCCAGGAGGUGUUUGGGAUGAGAAAACAGAACACAGGCUUGGUGUUUAUCUCCACAACAGACUAAUUAUGGUUUUGGUCCAGUCCCUGGGACAUGACUCCCACAGAGCUGCUUAACGUUUCAAUGUUUGCCUGCCAAGUAUUUUCCUUCUCCUCCCCAAACAUUUCUUGGUUCACUUAAUUGAUUUGCAUUUCUCUGUGAGAAAUCUCAGCUUUUAAUUCCAGAUGCACAAGUGGACAUCUUCAAGUACCUCCCAUUCCUGGGGGAAUCCUUUGUUUGGAAUGCAGAGCUUCUGUUCUUGCAGUCCCUGACCAGAUCAAGCAUUUUCUGCUCGAGCAAACUGUGCAUACAUUAACUGCCUUCCCACUUGUGUGCAGCACAGCUCCCAGAUUAGACAAGGACAAAAGAUGCUGUUGGUGUCUGCUAGAGUGGGACUUGUUUCUGGUGGAGAGAGGUGCAUGCAGCAAAGUGCCUGCCUCAUUAGUAAAGCCCACUUGCAUUUUCUGGCUUUGUGUGUGUUUAAGUGUCUGCUUCUCCAUAAAUCUUCACUCUGAGGACUUCUGGGGAAGCAGACAACAUUCAACUGCAGCUGAAGCAGGAGCCCAGCUGAACUUGUGACGUGUGACUUAAAAAUGAACGGUAAUGUUGUUAAAUGUCUUGUUCUAAAAGCUGAGAUUAAAGAAUAAACCAGG